AUGACUUCAGCAUUCGGCCCAAUCGCCGAGCAACACCAGGACAAGUUUGACCUCGGAAUCUGGCACGCGCUCUUUAACUGGAACAACCUCACCGUCGCCGUCCAAAACCAAUGGGGCGGCCCCGACUCCUCGGAUAAGCGCGACUGGCUCGCAGGCCAAAUUUCCGAACUCUUCGCCGCAGAACCCCUCACAGACCAAGAAGAUGUGGAAGUCGUCCUACUACAAGUCCUCGAGGACGAGUUCGGCGUGCGCGUAGAAGACGAGACCGAAGUCGCUGUUGCGCGCGAGAUCAUGGCGAUACGGAAGGAGAUUGGCGAGGGCAACACAGCAAUGGUGGAUGCGCUGCAGAAGAAGUGGGAAGAUAGGAAGGGCAAGGAGGUUGCGACUGGGAGUGUUAAUGUCAAGGAGACGAAUCAGGACUUUGAGGGGGAUAGUGUGGAUGAGGAGACGGAUGAGGAUGAGGAUGUCGAUAUGGAUGAUGCGCCUGCGCUUGUGCCUGCGAAACCGAAGGCGGCUAAGCCUGAGCCCGAGAUUGAUGAGGAGGGCUUUACGACGGUGGUUGGCAAGAAGAAGAGGUGA